AUGGACUCGUAUGUCUCCCAGUUGGAGGACACAUUAAAGCAGACCUUGGUCCCCGACUCGGUAGCCAUCAAGCAGGCUUCCCAGCGGUUGUCCAAGGAGUUAUACCCAAACGAUUUGGCGCUUCCAGCGUUGAUUCACAUUUUACAAAAUUCCUCCAACGACCAAAUCAAACAGCUUGCCUCGGUUGAGGCUCGUAAGUUGGUGCUUUCCAAAUGGGAGACCCUCGAUGCUUCACAAAAGCCCCAAAUCCGCGAGUCGAUGUUGCAAAAUACCUUCACUCAACCCUCGGCUCUCAUCAGACAUUCGUCGGCCCGAGUGGUGGCUGCAAUUGGAGAAAUUGAUUUGGACAAGGGAGAGUGGCAGGAAUUGUUGCCCAGCUUGGUCAAAGGGAUCCAAGGUGGUGACGUUCAGACCAAGGAAAUGGCAGUGUACACAUUGUUCACUUUGUUAGAAACUCAAGUGGCUGCUUUGUUCCCUCAUAUCAAUGACUUUUUGUCACUUUUCGGUAACCUCUUGACUGAUAUGUCUGCCAGUGUUCGUGUCAAUGCCGUGUUGUCGUUGGACGUGAUUUCGCAGCUUAUCGAGCUGGACUUGAACGAUGCUCUGGCUGCAAAAUUCAAGUCAUUGGUACCAGGAAUGAUGGAUGUGUUAAAGCAAGUUAUUAGCUCAGAUGAUGACGAACAGGCCAAGUUGGUGUUCAAUGCCAUCAACAACUUCCUUUAUCUCGAUUCCAGUUUGGUCGGUGACCAUUUGAUCAAUUUGGUUCAACUCACAGGUGAGAUCGCCGCCAAUACUCAACUCGAUGAUGAAUACAGAAGCUUUGGCUUGCAAUUUUUGAUUUCUUGCGUUUCCAUGAGAAAGUCUAAACUCGUUUCUGCCAAAAUAGGUCCUCAGAUCACUUCGGUGGCUUGCAAGAUUGCUUCGGAAGAAGUCGAUGUUGACGAGGAAUUAGGCACUGAAGACGACGAAAACGAAAACGAAGAAAACGUACCCUCAUCUUUGGCAUUGCGUUUGGUGGCCAUGCUUGCUGCUGAAAUGCCUCCUUCUCAGGUUCUUGUUCCUUUGUUUGAGAAUCUUAAUGGUAUGUUGUCGUCUUCUAAUCAGUUCGAAAGAAGAGCCGGUUUGUUGUGCUUGGGUGUUGGUAGUACCGGUGCUCCCGACUUCUACUUGUCUCAAAUCAACAAGAUUGUUCCUGCUUUGGUGAACGGGUUGAAAGAUGAACAAUGGAUCGUCAAGGUUGCAGCAUUGAGAACUUUAUCGCAAUUGACUACAGAAUUGCAAGACGGUAUUGCUGACUUCCACGAGGAAUUGCUACCCUUGAUCAUUGCCAGUAUCGACUCAGCUACAUCUGUGCGUGCUUACAAGUAUGCCUGUUUCGCAUUGGACGGUUUGAUUGAAUUCAUGAGUCAUGAAGCUAUUGCUCAGUACUUGGAGCCAUUGAUGAAUAAGUUGUUCCACAUGCUUCAACAGGCCAACAGCUCGACUUUGAAAGCUGCAAUUGUGUCUGCCAUUGGUUCCACUGCUUUUGCCGGCGGAAAGGCAUUCACUCCAUACUUUACCAAUUCGGUCCAGUACUUGGAACCAUUCAUCGCUAAUGCUGCUGAAACUGAGGGAAUGUCUGAAGAUGACAUUGAGUUGAGAGCUUUGACUUUUGAAAACAUCUCGACCAUGGCCAGGGCUGUGGGUUCUCAGUCUUUUGCUUCUUACGCCAAGCCUUUGAUUGAGGCAGCUUACGGUUCUCUUAGUUCUGAACACUCCAGAAUCAGAGAGUCUGGAUUUGCUUUUAUUACCAAUAUGGCUAAGGUUUAUGGAGCCGAAUUGGCAGGCUUUUUGGAUCAGAUCGUUCCUGAAAUUCUCAAGUGUUUGGAGCAAGAAGAAUUCACCUUCGAUGGCUUGAACGAGGAAGAAGAAAUAGGUGCUGACGACGAAGAGGAGGACUUAGAAAACAAGUUCAACGUCCACACUGGUAUCACCAUUGAAAAGGAAAUUGCAUCUGUCGCCUUGGGUGAGUUGGCUGCCGGUACUGGAAGCCAGUUUGCUAGAUUUGUCGAGCCAUCGCUCAAGACAUUGGCAGAUCAAAUCGACAAUUCUUACGGUAUGAGAGAAGCUGCCAUGAACGCUAUGUGGAAAAUUGCCCGUGCCAUGUUUGUUGCUACUGUCGGUGAGAACUUCAAAGCUCCCAAGGGAGUUCCUCAACAACCAUAUGUUGAUGCUUCCAUCGUUCAGUUGAUUCAAACUGUCAGAAAAAUUGCCAUUGCUAACUUGGAGGAAGAGUUCGAGUUGACCAUGGUUGCUUGCAUUCUUGACAACUUGUCCGAAGCCAUUCAUGCUUUGGGUGCUAUUGCUAUCGUUGACUCGGCUGCUGACACUACUGUCCUUGAGUCAUUGUGUGUUCAAUUGAUGAAUAUUAUCAAGAAGGAGCACCCUUGUCAAUUGGAAGAUGAAGAGGGUCCUGCUGACGAGGAAGAUGCUUCCGAGACUGAGGCACUUUUGUAUGAGUCUGCUUUGGAGGUGUUGAUCAGUUUGUCUUCUGCGUUGGCUGGUGACUUCAACAAGAUCUUUGGCUCUUUCAAGGACAUCAUCUUGGCGAAUGUCAACGGAAAAUCAAAGAACAAGAGAGUGAGCUCCAUUGGUGCUCUUGCAGAAAUAUCUUCAGGACUUAAGGAGGCCAACCCAGCGAGUGAGCAAUUGCUUACUGUUUUUGUCGAUAAGUUGGCCAACGAUAAAUCGUUAGAAGUAAAGGGAAAUGCCGCCUACGGAGUUGGUAUUGUCAUUGAGAGCAGUUCCAAUGAUUUUUCUUCUGGUUACAACAACAUUUUGCAGCUUUUGUUCCUGUUGUUAAACAAAACCGAUAAACGUGCUGAUAGUGCUGAUGACGAAGAAGCCAAAGACGUUGUUCACAGAUCCUACGCCAAUGCUUGUGGAUGUGUUGCACGUAUGGCUCUUAAGAACCCUCUGGCUGUUCCAAUGAACCAUGUAUUGGGACCCUUAUUGGCUCACUUGCCAUUGGAAACUGCGUUUGAAGAAAAUGAACCUAUUUUCAAAUUGAUUCUUACGCUUUACGAAAACAACAAUGAGCUCAUUUUGAAUGAGACUCAACGUGUAGUGGACAUCUUUGCCCAGAUCUUCACCAAGGAGGCUAAAAGAAUCAAGUUGGCAGAUGAGGCUACUCUUGGCAGAGAGGAGAACAUGGACAGAUUGAAACAAUUUGCUACAGAAGAUCUCAAAACCAAGGUUAUCGAGUUGUUGAAAUACUUGGAUGGGAAGUUUUCUGGGGUUGUUUCCAGCAAUGAGGUUUUGAAGGGAGUUGUAAAUUAG